AGUAAAUGACAUUUCGACGGAAGUCAGUGCUACCAACUUAACUUUGUUGACAUCUAAAAUCGCUCCCACUAACCUUUUCCUCCGCAUACUCGAAGUUGACAGUUCGGUCACUCGCAAUAAAUCAGCAAAAUGACGAACUCGAAGGGUUAUCGUCGCGGUACCAGGGACAUGUUCUCCCGUCCCUUCCGCGGACAUGGAACCAUCCCUCUGUCAACCUACAUGAAGGUUUACAAGGCUGGAGACUACGUGGACAUCAAAGGACAUGGUGCUGUCCACAAAGGUAUGCCCUAUAAGGCGUACCACGGAAAGACUGGCCGCGUGUACAAUGUCACCAAACAAGCCCUCGGUGUCAUCGUGAACAAGCGCGUCCGUGGCAAGAUUCUACCGAAGCGUAUCAACGUUCGCAUCGAACACGUCAAGCCAUCGCGCUGUCGCGAGGAUUUCCUGCGACGAGUGAAGGAAAACGACAAGGCCCGCCACGAGCUGAAGGUCACGAAACCGAAGGCCAAGAUUUGCUUGAAGCGCAAACCGAAAGCCCCCCGAGGCGACCAGGUGAUUGUGAAUCCUCCGAACCCGAUUCUGCUGGCUCCAAUCCCGUACGAAUUCAUUGCUUAAGGUAAAACCGUGACUGGGAGGUGCGAAUGUAUAUGAUUAAUACAAAACCUUUAAUUUA